AUGCUCUCAAUGGCCAGUGCUGGUUCAGCGUUCAAGCCCUACUAUCGUCCUGAACAUCUAUUGGUUUCAGCGCCUGAAGCGAAAGAACUGAAAAAGCUGUACUCUGACCCCGAACCCGUUAUGUCAAGCCCUACAGAAAACGCUGGUAGUAAAAAUAGGCGCAAAAGGACCACUUUUACUCAAUACCAGGCAACUGUUUUGGAGAAGGAAUACCUCUCUGAGCGUUAUAUGGUUCGAGACAAACGGACGCAACUCGCCGAAUCUCUGGGACUCUCCGAGGGACAAGUUAAGACUUGGUUUCAAAAUCGACGUGCUAAGGACAAACGAGAAAAGAAGUUUGAGAGUCCGCAGAGGAGCCCUCCCGACGGGACAAACAUCUCAGAAGAUUCACUGAUGGAUAACAGCCAAGGGAAAUUGCAGCAUUUGUCGAUAGUGUCGCCAUCGGUAUCGGCCGAACAGGCUGCCACUCCACCUCCUCAGUUGAGGCCAGCCACCUCUCCUAUAGUACAAAGUCAUCAAGUCCUAUCCGGCAUCCUACAAGCUGGUCCUCUACCGGACCAUCAGCAUUGUUGUGCGAAUUUCACAACUCUAGUAGAGUCGAUCCCUCCAGCUUUUCACACUACACAUAUGCAAAAAACAGAAUCAUUUAAUCCAGAGACGGGUGUGAAAGACAUCUAUAAAAUGCCUGCGAAUAUAUAUGAACAAAACUUCUGUUCACUCUAUAAUCAGAUCCCUAUCAACAUGAGUUCUUCACAAGGAUCGUGUUUUAUCCCUGAGCCAUUAGCUCCUAUUUCUAGUAAUGACACCAUAAGUGUGGAACAUCAUCAACUUACGGCUCUCUGA